AUGAAAGGUAUAGCAACAAAAUUAACAAAGCCUUGCUAUGUGCUUUUGAAAGAUACCAACCAGCAAAGAAAACAAAAACAUUGUUUAAUGCAUCUGAAUCCAAAGAAAUUGCCACAGAAAAUGCAAAACAAAAGGAAGGACGGUAUUUAUGAAAAACUAAGGGUUGCCCUGUUUGACUUGUUGGAUAAAAAUUGUACUAAAAAGCUAAAGACAUCCCCCAAGAUUAAGAAUGCUGGGGGACAACUGGAAUAUGAAAAAGUGAACAAGGUGGAAAGUAGCUUGGAACUCGACACUUCUGUUCAAGUGCUAAGUUCUGGAGAAUCAGACGCUGGGGAAACAAAUAAUGAUUUUGGCAUUAAAGCUGAAAGAGCAAAAUCUACAGAUAUAUCUGCCCUAUGUGAUGAAGGUAUUUUUGCAAGAUUUUCUUCUAAGGAAUCAUGCCAUGAUAAUUCCAUUAUCCAUCAUUGUCAUGAAGAAGAAAUUGAAAAAGAGAAAGAGUGUUUAGAUACUUCUCCAAUUCAUGAGACGCAGUAUCAAGAGUAUCAAGAUCUGGACACAUUACCUAGCUUUUUAGGAGAAACGUCAGUCAGUGAUAUUAGUCAAAAUCUGAUAGCUACUUUUCAUACAGAAGCUUUACAGACUCACAAAAUUUAUUCCUGUUUUUCAUCUGAAAAUUCAUUUAGUGAAACCAAGGUCUCCAAAAUAUCCAGAAGAAUGGGUGCUUCUUCUCCUCUGUCGCCUGAUACAACUGUUAAGAAAGGAGACAUAUGUCAGGCAAACUCUGAAUUUGAACCUAACUUUGUUUCAGGGGUCAAUCUUAAAUUAGACUUGAAGGACACAGUUUCUGACAUAAUGAAAAGUGAGAUGUCCAUAGGAGAAAGAAUUGUUUCAGAUUCUAUGGAUGCAUCGGCUGAAGAAUUUCUCAGAGAACAAGUGGGUGUGGAAGAACAUGAGACUCUAAACCCAAACAAUACCUUGUCUGGGAAGAUGAAUAUGGAUAGUUGCUGGUUUCUUCUGAAAAUUGAUGAAGUUAUAGAUCAGGAAGAUUCUAUGUGUGCCACAGAUGAAGAAAACAAUUUCAGAGACCUGGAGUGUGGAGAUGUUAUUUUAGAUCAUGGUCUUGACUUUCCACAGUUGGAAAUCAAGUCAGGGUAUCAGUCAUUCACAGGUGGCACUGCAGUUACCAAGCUCAGUGAGAAAAGAAGAAUAUCAAGUGAUCACCAAGAGGACUUGGAUGGCGAGAUCAACAAUGUAGAAGAAAGUGUGAAUACUCAACCAGCCGAAGAAAACAGUCCUGUGCAGGUGUGGUUGUAGUAGUAUGUUCACUGUAGGCUGGUGCAAACACUACUGUAGUUAAGGGACCAAGAGUAAGCCAAUUAGGAUAGCAUAUUCCCUCCCCCUAUUCCACAUGCUUUUUAUUGUAAAUUCUUCCUACCUGGCCUUAGCAGCCGUUAAGUAAUACCCAUGUUUGUCAUAUGUAUCUUACCUUUACAUCCCAGACAGGAAGCUCAAAGAGGCUGGCAGUCUUGGUAAAACGUAUCAGUUAAAAUAGUCUAAAAAUUUAAGUCCCAAAUAACCUGCCUUCCCACUUCACCAGUGAUUUCUAAUUAGCUUCAAACCUAAUAUAGAAUAGGGAAAAUCUGUGGACUGUUUUAAAAAUUAUUGUAAACAACUUAUGUCAUUAGCGGGAUUGACAUAAAAAUGUGCAGUUACAAUUUAAAGGGGAUACAAAAGGAAAAUUUAGUAAACAGGUUUGAAUUGGAUAUGCAGGGGUAAAAGAUACACCAUAAGUAACAGCAGAAAGGGGGGAGGGGGUCAUUAAGAUUUGGCACGUUGACUGUAAACUUAGUCAAAAUAUUUGUAAAAUGGAAAAAUAAAAAAUAAUUAAAAAAAUUCUAAUUAGUUUCAAACCUGGGUUAAGAAUCUUGGUGAAGUAGAAAACCUGAAUAUUUGUAUUUUUUAAAAAAUGGGAUUUGUUAUUUUAUCCUAUCAAAGUUUCAGGACUAUUUAUAACAUUAAAAUAUCAUGUACAAAAACUGGCCCUAAAAUGAGACCUCUACAGUAUUCCAUGAUAAAAGCCCUAGCCAAUCCCGCCAGAGUAAGAAAUGUAAUUCCUCCUGUCGUACUUGGCAAGCUUCAGAGAACACUUGUACACGCUUUAAAAAUUAUCUGGAUUUUGAACACUGAUGGUUGGAAAGGUGUUCUUUGUUGAUCUUGAUGGGAAACAGUGAGUGUGGGGGACGGGUGAUCUGUUAGAUAUUUUUCUUAAUCAGCCAACUAAAAAACAGAUUGCUUUUAAAAGUUGGUUUAUAAUUGGUGUGUUCUCUUUCUGUCCAAGGAGGAAGAAAGCCUGCGACCACAUCAAUCUCACGGUGUAAAAAUGGUCUUUUACGUAUGUCAUCUUCUUACUGUCCUCAUUGCUUUAUGGUUAUGGUUUGGUGAGGAUUAAGUAAUCUAAUUUUAAUGCAGUAUUUGAACUCUAGGCUUUACCAUCUUAUUUCUCAAGUUGCAGUAUGCAACAUAGCUCCUUUAAAUCUAAUAAUAAAGAGGUAGGAUAUACCACUACAGCACUGGGAUAGAAAUAAGCUAACUCUGAUUAAUUAUCCCCUUGAAUAACCAUUAAUUACCUACCGUAGAUGCCUUGUUCCAGGUUAAAACUGGCCAGCUUUAGGGUGCUAAUUGUAAUUUAAGAUUGCAGUCUUCUCAGAAGUCCCAUUAAAUUGGGAGUAAGUAGGGCUAGGACUGCAGCUUCAAUUAUUAGCCCUUUGGGCAUGUUAACAUCAGAAGGGCUGUAGCUCAGCAUGCAGGUCCAAUGUUUGUUUAAUUUCAUUUCAUGAAAUGUACCACGUGAUUAUAAAAAAAGGUCAAAGUGGUUUCAUGUGUGGCAUUGCCAAGUAGGGCUGAGAAUGUCCCUAUGAGAGCCUAUGCCAACCAUUGUAGGCAGCACUAAGCUAGAUUGACAUUUCUUCCAGUGUUCUCUGGAAAUACAGCAGAUAAAAGAUUGUGAGGUUAUCAGGCUUGACGUGAAGAGUCAUAUUCCCCUGAAUCACACCAACGCCUAAAGCUGGGCCUGUUCUCUGAAAGUUAAUAAGUAGUUCUGUCUCAGUGUUCUGAACUACAUAGGCAUUUGGUUAUGUACACAACUCUACGAAUUUGUAAACUGAUGCAGAUUAACUUUGAGCUUGCGAUGGCCACUUAAAAUCUGAUAAUGGGGCAGUUUGCACAGCACUACUUUUGAACCCCAGUGUGUAUUUGUGAUGGCCUGCGGAGCAGUCUGCUGCUGCUUCAUCUUGUGGAUGUACUGAAUAGACAGGUGUAAAUCAGCUGUCGCACACGCAGGUUAAUCUGUGCCAGCUUAGAGUAAUUACUUGCAACCCAGCCUCUCUCUGCAGCUAUAUUUGUGACUAUCUUGUAGAUGUGUCUGUGCUAGAGCCAGCUCAUAUGUAGGACUAUUUGAUUUGUCCUACCAACAGCCAAAUGGAAGGGAGAGGAAAGCAAGAAGCUACAGACUUUCCAAGAGGAUCAGUUUUGUAAUUAUGAAGUGAAAUGAGGGGUGAAAAUGAUCCUAAUCAUCACAAUGAGUUGACAAAUACCAGUAUUGCAGAACAGAGGAAUCAGAUUCUUCUAGUGGACUCUUCUUCCCUUGAGAUUUGUCUCUGGAAUGUUGAGAUACCACACGUUUUCAUCUCUCUUCUUUCUCUAAUUUUAUCUUUCUGUAUGUGGAUUUUUGCCCUCUUGCGUCUCUGCCCCCCUAGGGCUUGCAUGGCUGUUGGUUGCAGCAGGCCUGGCUAUAAGCUUCCCCUAGCAAGUGGUGCCUCUGGGGCUGGCCAGGGGGUGCUGGUUGCCAGGAACUGAGACGGCCUUGGAGUAAGCUAGCAAGUGGGUGAGGGAGCCCAGCCAGCCAGUCCACUAGUCCUUGCUGUGGGGAAUGGAUAGACAAGUGGGGAGUGAAGAGGCACCUCUCUUUGGGGCAAAGGGUAAAGGACUGUGGACUCUGCAGGCAAGGGGUGACAUAAUUUGGCUUCUGAGGCUUGGAGCACAUUUCCUCACAGGGAAGCCGCAGAAAGAAUGUAGUUGGUCAAGGGAGCUGCGGUCCUCAAAAGGUUGAAAACCUCUGCUUUAGAUAGUUGGCACUUCUGAAAUCAGAAGUGGUUCAGUGUGGGACGGCCAGGCACUGACUCGAUGAAUUGACCACUCGUAUCCUAGUGCUUUUGGUUGAAGCCUUGCUUUUCCAUGAUUGGCUGGAAGUGGAAUUAGAAUGGUAGUUCUACACAGUACUUCAUGUAACUCAAGCAAUGUCUAUUCCUAACACCAAGAUCUUCUUAUAAUGUUGAGUACUGUUUAGCAAAGGUACACAUCAACAUUAAUUAAACACUUACACUCUCUGACUCUAAUAUUGUUCCUCUGAGGUAACAGAAGAUGCAAGGAAGAUUUUUAAAAUUUAAGGUGUAAAGUUCUGAAAAGUCUUAAUGGAACUUUGCCACCAUUUGCUUGUGCAGCGUUGGGCCUGAUGUCAUCACAUGAUGAUAGUGAGGCUGACUUGAGAUCUAGCAGGUCCAGUCAGCCCUUCCCCAUUCCCAUAAUGCCCUGUUUUAGGGUUUUAUGCAAGCUGCCACUUGAGGUGGAGGGGAUCCCACUUGCAUCACUUUCACCCAACAGGCAAAUUGGGAGCUCUGUUACCUGUGGAGUGACACCUCUUAAACCGGCUCCUCCCCAGCCCAAUGCAGAGGGGGUUGUGAUUACAGUGUUAGUUGAUUAAUCAAUGAGUUUCAGUUUAUAAUUUGUGAGACUGCUAGUGAAGGGCACAUGUGCUUAUUAACUGGUAGAAAAAUGGAUAUGAUCAACAGUUUUUUCAGGUUGCAGUCACUGGAGGAGUAAGCUCCACUGAAUACAAUGGGUUUUGCUUCUGAAUAGGAUUCUGCUGCAUAUUGAUUGACAGCUGCCUUUUGUUGCUAAGAUGAUUUUUUCUACAUAACACUAAAACUUUCCUCAACCUUUCUUUUUACUAUAAUGACAAAGUGACUUAAAUAAGGAACUGUCCAUAAUUUUAAAAAAUAAAAUAAAAUUGUGUGACCAUGUAAAUAUUAAUGUGAGGUAGCAAGUAGAGUCACAUUAAACUGAGUGUACAGUCUGUCCACUUUAGAUUUUGCAUCUGCAUUACAGAUACAAAAAAGGGCAAAAAACACUAUAAGAGCCCCUCUCUUGUCCUGCUGCUUUAUUAAUGUCCAAAGAGAAAUCAGAGAAGAGGCAUUUGUAAUGGAAACGAGCGCUUUGAUCAGUUUAUUAUACCUACAUUACAAACCCAAAUGUGUCAAUUAAUGCCUUUUAGCCUCAUGUAUGAAUUCCUGUUCCUGGAUCCAAUAAAGCAGAAAGCUUAGCUGCCAAAUAUAGAUCCAUUUUAGGAUCAUGGUGGAAUUUACGACAGUUCCCACUCCUCCCCCAUACUUUCCUAGUCUUAUAUUUAAAACUAUUUUCUGUUUGAUUCUAUUUGUUCUGUAAUUUACUUCUUUUAGGAAUUGUCUGGGUCAACAGUCAAACUCCUUGGAACUCAGACUCGCAGUGAUGAAAUGUUCACUUUGGGGAAGCUCAUAGAACUGGAGGAUUCAUCAGAUGAUGAGGUGCACAUUACUAGAUCCCAUUCAGUAUAUAUUUCCCAUUACAUUGCAGCAUGAUGAAAUAACUGAGUAGAAUGAUUAGCAGCUGACAGCAAUAAAGGUUAAGAUAGUUGAGCAAGCUCCUUUUUAAUGAAGAUGAUUGGAUCGGAGUUUGCAAUAAGUUUCAGGCCUCUUUCUGCUUCGUAGUAAUGUCAAGAGCUUAUUAAUUUGUUGGAAGCCGAACUUGUCUCUGGUGCCAGUCAUGCUGCAGAGGCUGUGUGAAAGGAGAAUGUGACUGAUACCUCUCAGCACUGAGCUGGCUAAAGGGAGUAUUUGUUCAUCCAUCCCUUUGUUCAUUGUUGCGUUUUUUAAAUCUUGCCUCUGGUGUCAAGUGGAUUGCCUUGUUGAAAAAUCCAGCAAAGCAAAUGUCAUGCAACAAAAAUAUCCCCUUUUUAAACUUCCUUUCUUGCUAUCCUUGCUGCUGAAAUAUUAUUAUUAUUCACUGAAAUCUGCAUGCAGCCAUUCAGUCAUAGAUCUCAGGGAAGUUCACAACACAAAAACACAAUAUAAAACCCACAAAAUAAGUAAUAUAAAUAAGAACAAAAACAAACCAAGUAUCUUCCCAGCAGUUUUAAAAGGGUAUCAGAUGUUAAUCAACCAAAGGUUUGAUUGAAGAGGAAUGUUUUUGUCUGGCAUCUAAAGGUGUAUAAUGAAGGGGCCAGCCAUAUCUCCCGGGGGAGAGCAUUCCACAAAAUGGAGAGCCACAACCGAAAAGGCCUGUUCUCAUGUUGCUACCCUCUGGAUCUCAUGAAGGAGGCACAGGAAGAAGGUCCUCAGAUGAUGAUCUCGGUUUGGGUAGGUUCAUCUGGAGAAAGGUAGUUCUUGGGAUAUUGUGGUUCUGAGCCAUUUAAGGCUUUAUAGGUCAAAACCAGCACUUUGAAUUGGACCCAGAAGCUAAUUGGCAGUCAGUGCUGAAACCAUCUUGCCCCAGUGAGCAACCUGGUUGCCAGAUUCUGCACCAGCUGAAGUUUCUGAAUCAUCGUCAGAAGCAGCCCCAUGUAUCACACACAUUGCAGUAAUCCAGGCUAGAGGUUAUCAGAGCAUAGACAACAAAACGUAGGCUAAGUGGAAGGGAAGGAUCACAAGGGGAGAAACCCAUCUCUGCACUUCUCCCCCUUAGAAACUUACAAACCAUUCAGAGUGGAAAGCUAUAGACCAGCAAUAUUACUGACAGAUUGAUUUAGGAAUGCCAAGAAAGGCACCAAGUUGUCAAUUCCUAUCAUAGACAGAAGGUAUCCUGUUGGUGAGAUGGGUAAAGAGAAUAUGAAGUAUUGUACCAUUUCUAUUUUGUCAGUUUGAUUACCGUAUUUUUCGCUCUAUAAGACGCACCAGACCACAAGACGCACCUAGUUUUUGGAGGAGCAAAACAAGAAAAAAAAUAUUCUGAAUCUCAGAAGCCAGAACAGCAAGAGGGAUCACUACGCAGUGAAAGCAGCAAUCCCUCUUGCUGUUCUGGCUUCUGGGAUAGCUGCGCAGCCUGCAUUCACACCAUAAGACGCACACACAUUUCCCCUUACUUUUUAGGAGGGAAAAAGUGAGUCUUAUAAAGCAAAAAAUAUGGUACUUAUUUGUGCAGCACUCACACUGCUUUAUCUGAAAAGAGAAAUUUAACAUAAUGAGCAGAUCAAGAAUCCAUUUAUUUUCAAUUAAUUUUUAAUUAAGAGAAUUUCAGUUUCACAGGAGAAAGUGAAAAAAGAAAAAGAAGAAAAAAGUGCAAAGAAGAAUAAAAAGAAUAAAAAAUUUACACCCAUACCCACUGUAGAUAUAUAGAGUAGGGUAUAGCAGACUAAAUAAUAAGAAUAAGAAUAAGAAUUUAUUUAUACCCCGCCCUCCUCGGCCAGAGCCGGCUAACACCAAUAAAGUUACAGUAAAAACAUAAUAGAAAAAAACUAAUUUAAAAUCCAGGCUAAAAUGCAAUUUAAAAUGCAGCCUCAUUUUAAACAUAGCCCAUAGAUCAGAAACCAUAAGGGGAGGGAAACAAGGGUCAGACUGAGUCCAAACCAAAGGCCAGGCGGAACAGCUCUGUCUUACAGGCCCUGCGGAAAGAUGUCAGGUCCCACAGGGCCCUAGUCUCUUGUGACAGAGCGUUCCACCAAGUCGGGGCCAGUACUGAAAAGGCCCUGGCCCUAGUUGCGACCAAUCUAACUACCUUGCGACCUGGGACCUCCAAAAUGUUGUCAUUUGUGGACCUUAAGGUCCACGGGGCAUACCAGGAGAGGCAGUCCUGUGGGUCCUAGGCUGCAUAGGGCUUUAAAGGUAAAAACCAACACCUUAAACCUGACCCUUUACUCCACCGGGUAAAGCACUGGAUGAAUGUGAUCCCACAGCAAGGACCCCAUAGGGAGCCUCGCCGCGGCAUUCUGCACCUGCUGGAGUUUUUAGGUCAGCUUCAAGGGCAGCCCUGCGUAGAGCGAGUUACAAUAAUCAAGCCUGGAGGUGACCGUUGCAUGGAUCACUGUGGCCAGAUCAGGGCGAGAAAGGUAAGGGACCAACUGCUUAAUAUGGCGGAGAUGGAAAAAUGCCACCUUUGCUGUGGCUGCAACCUGCGCCUUCAUGGAAAGGGAGGCGUCAAAGGUUACACCCAAGCUCUUUACAGAAGGCGCUGGCACUAAUUGAGCCCCCGCAAUAUAAUCAGUUACACUUGCAUUUUUCUAUAGAUAUGUAAGUACUGUUAUUGUCAUAAUAUAUAUAUGAUUGUUGAUAGCCUACUAUAUCCUGUAUAAAUUAUUUCCAAAUGCCAAUAUAUUUCUCCAAAUGAAGUCUGUGUCAAUAAGCAGUCCAUUCAUAUGUUGUGAGCGCUGUCAUGUCUUCAAUCCAUCAAUUAAAGGGGACCAUGUCUUUAUUCUUUCCAGUUCAUCAAUACCAGUCUUGGCCAUGGUUAGGGCUCAUAGAAGGAAUCCGUUUAUGGCUAUUCAGCAAAAGGUCUCUUACUUUAUCAAUUUUUCCUGAUUAAAGGUCCAAAGAAACCAGUAACUUAGUUCCAUUUUUCUUCCAACCAUCCUCACUGCAAUUCCCACAGCACAAGGAAAGCCAAGGCAACUGUGCUCUUCUGCUACCAAAUAGUAAAAAUGAAGGGAAGCUGUAUUCAGAAACUGUCAUUCAGCACAAGCCUUUGAAUUUAGGUAAGUUGCUGCUUAUUUACUGAACAUGUAUGGCUUUUAGCCAUCAGUCCCCAUGGGUGGGCAAAAGGUAAAAUUGACAGGUAGACAUCUGGGCGCUUUACAGAAGAUCCAUAAAUUCCAACUAAAAAUAAUUCUCAAUCAUGGCUGGGCUUUUGCUAGUUGCAUAUCGGUUUCUGUGUUCCUCUUUUAAAAUUUGAAUAUUGAUUUGUUAACAAUGUAUAUAAGAGUUCUUGUUCAUAUACCUGAUUUGCCACGACACAGAUACAGAUAUAUAUUUCUAAAUGCAGAUUAUUCUAGUGUAUGGCUUUUGAGACACAGUAGAUAAUUGACUCGGUACACUCAGCCACAAUUUUACGCCUGACUGGUUGGUGGAUAUUGGAGUUAUCAAAUGGAGAUAUAGCAAAAAUACAGAAUAGCAGAAUAGAGCUCACAAGGCUGAAGUCUUCCCUCUCACCAGUGUUACAAAUAAUGUAUGAAUGAAUGACGAAGACACAGAUCUAUGGAGAAUAAAAGCUAUGUAGCCAGGAUGUCUUAUGUUUGCCCUCCACUGUCAGAGCCAGUAUGCCUCUUGAAUGCUACUGGUUGGAAAUCGCAUGAGGCGAAUGCAGUUGCACUCAGGCCUGCGACUUCCCAUAGGACCUUUGGUCUGAUCCAUUGGGGCUCAUAGGUAAUAAAGGUAAAGGUGAGGGACCCCUGGACAGUUAAAUCCAGUCAAAGGUGAUUAUGGGGUGCAGCGCUCAUCUCACUUUCAGGCCGAGGGAGCCGGCAUUUGUCCACAGACAGCUUUCCGGGUCAUGUGACCAGCAUGACUAAACCGCUUCUGGCGCAACGGAACACCGUGACGGAAACCAGAGCGCACGGAAAUGCUGUUUACCUUCCCGCCGCAGCGGUACCUAUUUAUCUGCUUGCACUAGUGUGCUUUCAAACUGCUAGGUUGGCAGGAGGGGGCUCAUGGUAUCACUGUGCACAGUGCUUUAUGUGGUAUAAAGCUGUGUACACGACAUGUAUUUAAAAAAACAACCUCCCCAAAGAAUCCUGAGUACUGCAGUUGUAGCAGAGAGCUGCAGUUCCCAACACCCUUAAACUACAGUUCUCUGGAUUUUUUGGGGGGUGGGGUGGGAAAGUCAUGUCCUUUAAAUGUGCAUUAAAUAGAUGCUUUAUAUGCAGGCCAAGAGGAUAGGGCCCUGCAAUCAUAACUUCUAGAAGGGUCCCUAUCCCUGCUCAGUUAGAGCUCACUAGCUACAGAUUUGUGUGUUCUACUUCUAUAUAGCUCAAACAUUUCAGUAACCAGUUCAAUACUGAAAUGGUAUUUGAUAAAUCCCAGGAUAUUUUCAGACUGAUGAAGGGCUUGUUGAGUCCAUGAGGUGUUACAAAACCACCUGUUGGUGUCCUAGAGUCAGAAGGUUUUCUCAGGGCAGAAUGUUCUUUUCUUUUUUAAAAAGCAGCCACUGAAAAAUGCUUAUAGUACACCUUGUCUGAAGCAGUUAAGGGUUGUGUGCUCAAAUAGUUUUAGCUCUGAUGCUUUUCCAAGUGUAGAGAAAGCUGUUGGCAGUGUGGCUUCCCUGGGGAAGGAACUGUGAAGAGGGCAAGUUCUUUAUUUCUUGAACGUUUUAUCACAGCACUGGCAGUAACCAAAGCAAGCCCAUCAUGGGUACCAAACUGUUGAGAGUCCUGCUAUUCCCAGAACAACAACUGCUAUGACACAUUGUGGCGCUCACUUUUUUUCAUUCUGUGGAUAUUUUAAAAUUUACUCUAGGACUGAGGCUAGUACUUUGGAGGGCAAAUAAACUCAAAUUUUGAUUUUAAAAUGCUGCAGUUCAGCAGCUGGAGUACAUUAGGCAAAUUAGACAGUGUUGAUAAAAAAACCACUGAAUUUGCAUUUUUGCUGUGGUAGCAAAAUGUUCCUUUUUAUCCCUCGGUGGUUCCAAGUACUGUGGAAUGAAAGCAACAGCAUUUCACAACAUCUUCACAGCUCUAGACUCCAGGGUCUGCUCAUGCUGGCUACUUCCCCCUCCUUUUUAUAGGCUAUAUCAAUGAAUGUUCAGAUGUUAAAAAUGGGGAAGUGCUCAUGUAGCUGACCAUCAUGCAGUCAUCUUGUAGCGUCUCAGUGGCAACAGGUGUUAGCUUGAGGGUGAAUUGCAUUUAACCAGCAAUACCAAGGUGUUGUAUAAAACAAGCACAGCCUGGGGCAGCAGUGGGGGGAAAUAAUAUUUGCGCCUUGAAACAAAAUUGUGGGGCCAUUACUCCCCAAAAAGAAUUGUUUAUACAAGUUUUAAUUAUGUAGUACUAUGAUAUAUUUUGCUUUUGGCUGCUGAUUACUAGAGAGCAGUCUUCAGCUGGGAGAAGAAAAUGAGUGUUGGCUGUUUUGAGUGCAUGUGUGUUUCUCACUUCUGUAACUGAGAAUGUAGCCAUUGAUUUUUCAGAAAAGCUUAACCCCUCAAACAGAUGGGGAACAAUUUUUGUUCCAUUCUAGGCAAAGUUCUGAAGGCCACAUGCCCAGUGGUAGGUGGAGUCGGAGGCAAAACUGGGCAGAGCAACAAAUAGAAAUUUUACCUUUGUACUGUAGACUACUUUCUCCACACACACACACACACACACACCUCCAUCAAGAAAAACAAGGGGCGCAUAGUUCAAGCACACCAGGCAAAAAUGCUCUUGCUUUAAAGUAAGGCCAGUGAUGGGUGUGGUCUGGAGAGUUCAAAGGGUCAUACAGAGAGGUCUUUUGGCCCCCAUGCCUGAGGUUCCAUACCCCUGCCUUAAAAGCAGGCAGUACUGAGUCUUCAUAUAAUUUCUGUUCUGUAAGUUCCUUUGGGAGAAUGUUGGAAGAUCUGAAAGUUCUUUCUCUUGUUCUAAGAUGAUGAUAGGACAAAGAAGAAUAAGAGACGCCAGGGACCUAGCAAGGCACCAGCUCCAGUUCACAGUUCUCAGCUGACUCAGGAACAAAGUCGUCGUAAGGUUGUGGAUGCCUUGAGGGAAGCUCUUUUGAAAAGGUAAAAAUGCCUGGACGUCUCAGUCUACACAGGAAAGGAACUUAUGUAUGAUUCUUGAUUGUAAGGUGGUAAAGGUAAUCUGAAACAUUUGUAGCAUUAUUCUUUUUAUCCCACCAUUCCUUCAAAAAGUACAAGACGUGAUACAUAUCAUGAUAUCCCAUGAUAUCCUCAAAAUGGCCCAAGUCAAUAACUAGCAGUUAUACCACACUAGCAUUACACAUUUAUCUGUUGCAUUGAGAUGUUGUGGACUCUGGGCUUGGCCCACUGACCAGUUUAUUUGUGAAAGUGCAGGCAUGUUUGCAGAUCAGCCCUUGUGUGGAUGCCCUGUCUAGGUAAAUCAACACAUUCCUUGCCUUCUGUGUUUCAGGUUGGAUGAUUUGCCUGACCUGUGUGUACAGAAAAAAACAGUCGUGAAGAUAGCAAAGAAAGUGGAGCAGGAGAUUUUCAAACGGUUUUGCUGUGUUGAACAAAACUACAAGAACAAGUACCGCAGUCUGCUCUUCAACUUAAAAUCUGCAGAAAACCAGGUCAGAAAAACAAAAUGAAAAAGCACACAAAACUCUUUAUUUGCCUCAUGAUAUUUUUAAUGGGCAGUGUGAUUCUCCUUAUUACGCAAAGAUUGUAAAUCGCGGUGAAAGAUAGACAUUUCCCCCCCCCCCCCCCUAUGUUUUGUUGACUUGUACCCUUCAUUACACUUGUCAUCCAGUAAUCUUUAUUCCCUCUCUAGGGUUGAAAGAUGUGUCUGGCCAUCACUGUUAUUUUUUAAAUUGGCUGUGCUAGUAAGAUAUCCUUCACUAUGCAAAAUGGCUCACUCUCUCAGCCUUUUUUUAAACAACCUGCAAAAGUUGCUUUAUUGUUAUUCUAAUAAAUAGUCUUUCUAAUGAGGAUUGCUUGUUUCACUUUAUUUCAGUACCUCUUCCGCAAAUUAAUACUUGGGGAGAUUACCCCCAAGAGACUAGUUCAGAUGAGCUCCUUUGAGAUGGCACCCCCGGAACUAGCAGAGUGGAGAGCCAAAGAGAACAAACGUGUAAGUAAUCAUUUUAUGCCCAGGAAAAGGCAAAGCAGAGCGAAUCAGUUUCCAGCUUGGACCACGAAGUUGUUUCAGAGUCAGCAGCUUGCUCUAUGCUUAUCUGACGGCAAUUUACUUACUAGAGAAAAAUACGUCCUAAUAGAAGCCCAGCGGUGGGACAUGUUUGGCUUUAUUUUUCCAUGUGUAUCCUAGCUUUAGGACUCUUUCACACAUACGUGGUGGCAAACCUGUGCCACUGAGUGUAUGCUUCAGGUCAUAGUCAACCCUGGUUCCAUAACAAGUGUAUGUGUAUGAUACAAUCUUGGUAAACACAUGUUUAUUGCAUUUGUGCAUUAUAUAUCAAGUGUAAGCCCAAAAGCAUUAUAUGUGAAGUGCCCCCCCAAUGCAUAUUUAGAGCAAUGCCUACAUCACUGUGCUGUUUGCAGGCGCUGGAAAUAAUAGAGAGAGAGGAACAAGAAGCACCAAGGUGUUGCUCUGCAAAAUUCAACCACAAAGGAAUUGUAGAGAUAGAGAGAGAAGCAGAAGAGGACUUGAUGUUCCAAGAAAUAUUUGUGAGUAGAUAGCGAUGUUCAGACAAGCACAACCAACUGAGCAUAUACUGUGCAAAUCAUUUCAUGCUCAAGGAAAAAUAUAUAGGUGCCUGAGAUCAACCAGAUUGCAUGAAGCAGGCAUUUGAGCUGCAUGUGAUGAAUUUCUGACACAGGUUUCUGUGCAGAUUGUUGGGUAGUAGAGAACUACUUAACAGUACCAGUGCCUUGAGUCCAAGCAGGUGCAGCAAAAACAGAGCCUAAAUGUGGCCCUAGACUUUUCCCUGCUCGUCAUUAAAAUUUCCUGUAAUCACUAUAAAAGAAGAGCAAGGGGUUGCACUUGCUUGUACUACGGAACCUGCGUAGGGACCUUGGGGGUGCAGGUCUGAAAAGUAAUGGUGCACCUCACACUACAGUCCCUUCGACUUUUUGUUAGUGAGUUUGAUUAUGCUUUCAGUAGUGCUUUGGUCAGAGCCUGUUCUGGAUAGGAUCAGAGAGCCGCAUAAUUUGCCAGAUGCUGUAAAGGAGUCAACAUUAGCUCUUACAAGUGCUGCAAACUUUUAAUUGCCCCCCCCCCCCCGAUUAAUUGACUAUUGAGUUGUUUAACUAAAGAGACUAAUUGUAGUCAGUGAAACCAAAAGUUAAGGGCACAGUAACUUGCCACCUUGCAUUAUUUUUAGGGAUCACAGUCAGCCAAAGAGGUGAACCAUAGUUCUGAGAUUCCUAGAGUAUCUGUGAGAGACCCAGAUGAUGUUCAGCGGAAUCGUUCUGAGGAUCCUAACUAUCUUAGUUGUUUUGGUAAGUUACCAAACUUGUUAACAUUCUGCAGCAAAAAGAGGGAUUGCUUUUUUGGACCACCGAAUUAAAGAUUCCAGCCAUUCUUUAUAAGACUGACCUUCUGAGUUUGUGAGUUUUUAUUUAUUAUUUCUUCAAAUACAAAACUCCAAAGUCAAUCUUCAAAUCCAAGCGGCAGUAGAAAAAUCUUGGGCCUGCCAAUUAAAUUUGACAACGGAGAAAAAGGAUUCUUGAAAAUUGAUUCAGAAUCUUUUAAUGUGGGGGGAAAAUAGCACUGUUCCUUCUGGCUUUCUAGGACAAAUUACUGCCGGCGGUGAGCAGGGAUUUAAGCCACCUACGUACAAGCACGCUUUAAAACAGAAAGCAAAUGCCACCAAACAUUGGCACCCAAGCACCAUGUUCUCAGAGGAAGGAGAAAGGCCUCUUCAUGUGGACAGGUCUGUAUAAUUCAUACUUCUCAACCCCCAGAACUUUAAUAUUGAAGAUAAACCCUAUAAAUAACGCAACACUUUUAAAAAUGCGAUACAUUAAACCUUAAAAGAAAUAAGUCAGUCUGAGAUGUGUGAAGCUUUGUUCAUUUGGUGGAUAUCAACACAGUUACUUUUAAGCUGUAGCAGUAACUCAGGCAUGCAUUGCCAUUUUCCCUUCAUACAAGGGUAAGAGGAAAAUUUCCAUUGGAUAGCCUUUUAGGUCCAAGAGAGAAAUGAGAUAAUAAAGCACAGCACAUCUAGAUUUAUAGGGGAAAUGUGAUUCUUACUCUUCUACCACCCAUCCAACAGAUAGAAGAAAAAUUCUGAGACUUAGUCUGGUGUUUUUGGAACCUUUGUAGUUGUUGGCUGUCAUAUUUGGUAUCAGUAUGUCCUCUGUUAUUGGCUGAGUUGUUGAGGAAUAGUUCUGAACGUUCUGACUUAACAAAAAUUUAAAAAACAAUGAUCCACUGAAACAGAUGGCUUCCAUUGCAACAACUUCCAGAGGGGUACUUUUGUUAGUCUCUUGAAAAGAAAAGAAAAAAAGCACUUUAAAGACUAUUAAAUUUAUUAUGGUGUUAGUUUUCAUGGAUUAGAGUCCACUUCAUCAGAUGCAUUGCAAUACCUCUCAGUUUGUAUGUGUGUAAGGGGGCGGGGGAGUGAGGGAGUAUAAAAACUGGAGUUCAUUGGUAAGGAAGUACAAAAGUACAGCCUGUGCCAAUUUAAUUAGAGCUUAACUGUAUGCAAACACUAUGAAACAUUACAACAAUUGGUGAUAACAGAAUCUGCUUAGCAUUGCUGAGUAAAAUAACACCUGUAGUUGGACAGGAAACAAUUGUCUCUAUUCAGGCCCAAAUGAAUUAGAAUCAAAUUUCUUGAUAAAUUGUAACUCGGCCGUCUCAUGUUGGGAUUUCCUUUGAAGUUCCUUUGUUCAGGGAUAGCUACCUUAAGGUCCACACCAGAGUGUCCCAAUAGCUUGAAAUGUUCUUCCCCAGCCUUGCCGAUCCCGCUUUGAAUAGCCAAUAGCUGCACUCUUUGGGAUAGCUAGCAGUGAUAGGAGCAGGAGGAAUAGCAGGCUCCAUUUACCACAUUCCUUUGUGUCUGUUUGGAUUGGACCCAAUAAAACAAGCAGUUGAAAAGAAUGACAUUUAAAAACAGUUUUUAAAACAAUAAAACCAGAAGUUCAGUUCAGGGAAAUGCUUGCGUAAACAGGUGUGUCUUCAAGAGCUGGCAGAAUGCCAACAUUAGAAGACAUUUCCUAAGAGCUAUUUGAUGGUGGAACGUGCAUCCGGAAGUGGCGAGUUCUUUUCUGAAGGUAUUUAAGCAGAGUGGAUAGCCAUCUGUUCGGGAUGUUGUAGUUGCAAGAUCCUGUAUUGCAGAUCCUACACUGAGCCCCGGGGGUUGGACUGGAUGGUCUUCGAGGUCUCUUCCAGUUCUACAAUUCUGAACAGAACUGGAUUUGCAUAUUUCCUCAUCUCUUUUAGCCCCAUCUCACCUCACAUUCCAAAGAAACAUCGACGAGUGGAGAAGCAGCCCAGGAACUCCGCCAUCUGGGAAGGAGUCAUUCACAUGUUCAGUGUGAAGCAAUUUGUGGCAAAAGCAUAUCCUGUUUCUGGAUCCAGCUGUAAUCUGUCACAGGUAUGAGCAGUGGUGGCUGGUAACACUUUGACUUGGUAGUGCUGUGUCAUAGUCCCGUUGCCAAGCAACACCGUGCAGAGCUCGGUGGAGUGCGAGCCCAAACAAACAGGAAAUAAGAGUCUUUGAGAUGCACCUGGCAGAGUCAGCGUACAAAGUCAAGUCCGUUCCAAGGGUUGGGCAAACAGCAAUCCACAUAGACAAUCCAGAGGUUGGGGAAUCAGAUGAUCACGAAGCCAAGGGUCCAAACAGAGAGCAGGAAGCAGCAAGGUAGGGCCAGGAACCACAGGCUUUGUUUCCAGCCUCUGACUGCUGCUGAGAGCUCUGUUUAAGAAGGCUGGAGCCAGCUGGUUCUCAUCAGUGCCUUCUCUGUGUCCUUGAAGGCUGAUCAGCUGCAGGUGGAGUCACUCUGCCUUCUCCCCCUUCAGGCUGCUGUUCAGCAGGAGAAGCUGACUCCUGGCCCAUGACAGGUUGCAGUUUUUAACCUUGCUUCAUCACAAUAGGACUCAUACAACACUUAUUUAAGAAAGUUUACCAUUACAGAUGUGCAGAUUGCCACCGUCUCCUUGAUGGAAAACACCCAUUAUUCUUUGCACAUCUAUGGACAGGGAAAGAGCUGCUAAGCAAGAGGACUCAAGAAUCAUUUUCAGACAAUACUGACUGCAUAGCUCUUAUUUAGAAAUUAAGGCAGACCUCACAGCAUAAGUUUGUGAAUUCGUGUAUUGAUUACAGCUACAUAUCCAUUUCCAAAGAACCAAAGAAACAUGCAAAAACUUUUAAAAUGUGAGGAACACUUGCUUCCAGUUGCAUGCAGUUAUCCUCACCCCAAAUCAAUUUUAACUUUUUAUUAUCCAAAACACACUUUUUUCUAAAUUAAAAGAAUCCUUACCAACACCUGCUGCAGUUUUUAAUGAGUGAGUACAGGGAAAUGGUUAAUGCACAGUUCGUUGCAAUACAUACACAAGCUAUCCACCAUUCUCCCAGGAAAUUCACAAAAAUAAAUGCAAAGUGACCAAAUAAAAAAAUUGAUAUUUUUAAAGGAAAACGACUCACAAUGUGCCCGCUAUUGCUUGCUUGGUCGCUCUCUAGCAAAGCCACAAAACAAAAUACUAAAAUAAAAAGGCUCUUUUGGGGAAGGGAACAUGUUAAUUCUCUGGUUACUAAAGUCCAAGGGUUUUUUUGAGCAGGAACUUGGUUCCCUUACCUUUUUUAAAUUAAUUGAUUUUUUUUAGGGGGGGGGGCUGAAACAGACAUACACCCAAUGCCUGAGCCAAAAAUCCACCUAUAUCUGUAAUCAACAAAUUUGUGGCCAUUUCUAAUCCAGAUCAUUGUUUGCUUGAGUUUAUUAAUCACAUCUUACAUUUAACCACUGCCUGUAUGUGUGUGGCACUGCGACUGGAUCCCACAUUAAACAAACAAACAAACAAACAAAAACAAACAGACAGACAGACAGACAGACAGACAAGCUUUGUGUUGAGUUCCCCCACAUUUCUUCCAGAAAAACGUACUGCUAAACCUAUGAGGAGAUCUGGUGGCCUUCAGGGAAAUGGCUCUGAGUUUGCUCAGAACAGUUGUAUGAUUUGAUAAGGCUGGAACAGAUUAGGUCCUCUCUAGUCAAUGUAGAUUGCCUUCAUAACAGGAAGGAGGGGAAACUGUUCAGCCAGGGCCCAAAAAUCUAAUAUUGCAAGUUCACUUUAUUUUUGGUAGUUUGUAAGUUUUCAUGGCACUUUGUAAGUAAUUGUCUCUUUCUCACAUAUUUGAUAAAUGGUGUAAAAUUAUUUUUGAACAACGGAAUAUUUUUCGCCAACGUGCUGUACGAGUUGCACUAUCUUUAUUAACUGCACAGGUUGCAUUUUUCUAGCAGGGCUCAAAAAUUGGCAGUUCUCCUUGAGGAAUAUGGGAGGGACCUCUUUAUUAUCCAGUACUUUUGGAUUAAGUGUGGCUAAGUGAUACAGAGAGCAGAUUGACCCGAGAAAAGCAGAUGGAUGGAAAUAUCUCCAGAACUACUCUUGAGUUCAAAUGGAAGCAUAAAAUGUGUGUGGGACAGGAAAGAAUGGGUGGCUUUGAAAUUGGGGAGGCGGGUCCUUUAAAAAUGUGUUUGCCAUUCUCCUUGGGAGGGUUGUGCCCCAGUAGUCCAAGUGUAAGAGCCUCUACUGGGUAUGAGCAGGGCUAGUUUAGGUACAGCUCAAUAUCUCCACCCAUUUAAGAACUUUCAGCAAGUUUGCCACUACUCUUAUCAGAGCAUCCCUUUUAUUUUGCUUCUUGGGUGGGAUGUCUGACCAAGUCCUAAUAGCUCUGGAGGAGGGAUAAGCAGUUGCUAAAUAAGCCUUACUGUCUCUGUUAGAGCAGCAGGGUAAAAAGAGAGGACAAAAUAAGUUUUCUUUCUACUCUUCCCUGGUUAAGUUGAAACUGAUAUUCCAGGGAUUCUGAUAUUGCGACAAUAAGUCAUAAAGCUGGUGUAGUGUACUAAGACAGUAAAUUAUGAGAUGGAAUAUCCAUGCUUCAAAUCAUAUUCCUGCCAUGAAAGUUUUAGGAAGCCUCCCUGCACUCCCCAUCUUCAGUUAGGAGAGAACUGCUGCCCUUAAAACAGCCCUAGAAGGGUUGCUAAGAUAAUGUUCAUUCUAGAUCUGUUUCCACUAGAUCAGUGUACAAAAUUCAAUCACAGACAUGUGGAUUUCUCUUAUGAUAGUGAUCUUCCUUUAUGCUCUUGUGAUUCAUCCAGGCCUUACCACAUCUUCUACAGGGAAGGGGCUGUAUUCUCCCGGAGGAUGUCUGGUCCUAUCUAGACAGCAUAUGGCCAGCAAACAGCAAGGUAUCUCUCUGAAAGGUUCUUAUUUUAAUCAGGCUCUGUUGCUUAUUUGAUACCACAGUUGACCUUGAAGGUUCCCACAGCCCCAUCAGGAACAUCCAAUGCAGAUUUGUGCCUCCUCAGGAUCCUCCUUUGUAAAGAGUGGGAUUUGGAGCCAAAUUACAUGUUACAUAGCAUCAGCUAUGUAGCAGAUUUUUUGCUUCUGUAAUUACCAUAGGUACCGUAUUUUUUGCUCUGUAAGACGCACCAGACCACAAGACACACCUAGUUUUUGGAGGAGGAAAACAAGAAAAAAAAUAUUCUGAAUCUCAGAAGCCAGAACAGCAAGAAGGAUCGUUGCGCAAUGAAAGCAGCAAUCCCUCUUGCUGUUCUGGCUUCUGGGAUAGCUGCGCAGCCUGCAUUUACUCCAUAAGACGCACACACAUUUCCCCUUACUUUUUAGGAGGGAAAAAGUGAGUCUUAUAGAGCAAAAAAUACGGUAAUUCUGCAGGUGCAUGUGUGUGCCAUCUGUAUAGGGAAGGUAGCAUAGAUGAACAAAAGUUCUCUCAUCCAGACUUUGCUUUUUUGCUGGUUGAUAUUUCCACUGAGUCCUUGGGUCCAGAGAUAUAUCAUUCAAGGAUUGUAGUUUUGCUCUGAACUGUUUUAGGGCUGUAGCUUAAUGACAUUGUUUUAAGGUGUUUGUGUUAGGGCUGGGAGAUAUCUGGUUUUCAACAUCGCGAUAUAUCACCACCUAAGUGUUGUGAUAUACCAAUAUAUCACAGUGUCUGAAAUAAGGCUAGAACUAUGUGGAGGUGAACAGUAAGGCUGGGCGAUUUCUGCUUUUCAACUUUGUGAUAUAUCACCAGCUAAACAUUGCAAUAUACUGAUAAAUCAUAAUGUCUGAAAUAACGAUGGAGCUAUGUAGAGGCAUUGGCUGGUUUUACAGUUUUCGCCACAUUGUGAUUUUUGCAUAGCGCGUGCGCGCACACACACACACACACUGUGAUUCACAAUAUAUUGUCAGGUCAAAAAUGAUAAAACCAGUAUCAUGAUAUGGUAUUGAAACUGGUUUUGGAUGAUAUAUUGCAUAGCCCUAACACACAUCAUGAUUCAUGACAUAUUGCCCGGUCAAAAACUAUGAAACCAAUAUCACGUUAUAGACUUCAAACUGGUUUUGGAUGAUAUAUCAUCAUAUUGCCCAGCCCUAGUGUGUGUGUGUGUGUGUGUGUGUGUGUGUGUGUGUGUAAGUAAGUAAGUAACACCCAGUAUGCUGCAACACCAGAUGCGCAGCAUAAAUCAAAGAACAGUAUGAGCCCUUGUAGCUAGAUUGGAAGGUGAAUAACAUUGUUCGUAGCAAUCUAGGGCCUCCUGAUAGUUACAUCUGUAAUUUCUGAGCUAAAGAAUAAAUUUAGUAAUUACUUCUUGCCUUUCCUAUACAUGCAAAUCUGUUUCAUCACACAGAUGGUGGUGGGGCAUUUAUAAGGAAAGAAAACCAUAGAAGACAUCUGAAAGCAGCCCUGUUUAGGGAAGCUUUUAAUGUUUAAUAAGUUAUUGUAUGUUAGUGUUCUGUUGGAAGCCGCCCAGAGUGGCUGGGGAAACCUAGCCGGAUGGGUGGGGUAUAAAUCAAUUAUUAUUAUUGUUAUUAUUAUUUAAGUACAAGGAUUUUAUCUUACUAUGUUGGUAGUUCCUAGUAAAAAAAAAUUAUGUCAGCACCAUCCAGAACUCUCUUCUGUUACGCUUUCCUGUUUCCAGAAUUGUUGCAGUUGCAGAUAGUAAAGGACCAGACUGUGGGCUGGAGUAGGUAGGGCUAACAAACACUUUCUGAGGAGGCAGGAUCUUUCUUGAACUCCUGUCCUCUUCCUGCCUUGAUUAGGGAAGGUUCUUUCUCGGAGCCUCUUAAUGGCUAGAAGUGAGCAAUGUAUACAAAAAAACCAAAAGUACAAAUAGAAAGAAAGAGAUAAAGAAUGCAAAAACAGAAGCUUAAUGUGGGAAUAGAAGGGCUCAAAGCCUCACAGCCACUGGAAACUAAAUGCAUUCUUCUUCCCUCUUCGUCAGAGAGGCUGCAACUGGAGUGGACACCACUUGGGAACUCCCAGAUAUCUUGUGCAGCAUCUGAUGUCCCCCAACCCACCCCCAGUUGCUGCCAGAUGUAGCAACCUAGAGGUUACCAACAACUAUAAAGUGGUAGCAGGGAGCCAGAUAGGAUACUCAUCCUCAGGCCCUGCCUUCUGGCUUUGAGUCAAACUGCAGCUAGAAGCAGUCCAGCAUGACCUAACCUUACAGGAGUGGAUGUGAUUUCCAGGCCCCGGACUUGAUGAGCCAUUCCCUGCUGCCACCCUUAUUCUUGACUGAAGAAAUUUUCAUCCCGACCUGACCUGAUCUGUAGGGUUGCUUGAGGCCACAGUGGUGCACCAGCGGCAGUAAGUCAGAUGGCAGAAGGGAGGUGUUAGGCUUUCUUCCAAAGGAGGUGUGAAAAGCUCUUCAGCCACAGAGCCCCGCCUGAUCUGGCAGCUGUGUUGUGUGGGGCCCUCCCUGAGCUGAAUGUCCUGAUCCUUACAAGAAGAACAGGUGCUCAAUAGGCAAAAUGUUCCUUUUCAUAGGAUCUCUGUACUCCCUGAUAAUAGCUUUUCUUUUUCUUCCCAUGUUUGCGCAGGAGAUGGGAGUGAUAAGAUUCCACCCCAGCUUAUCCAAAGGCUUCGACCCUUAUAACACACUGUAUUCCUACUUGAACAAUAAACAAAGAUAUGGCAUCGUGGACAGCAACCAGAUGGAGAUAUUCAUGGUGCCAUUAGCAGCUUACCAGCCUGUGCCUUCUAAACUGCACGCAUUUGGUGGUCCAGGUAGGAACUGGGAACAAAUCUUUCUCCUUUUUCUUGAAGUUCAUGGAAGUGGAAUUGAAUAAUUAUCAUAGAUAUCUUUCUGGAAAAUAUACUUUGUGCCACGUUAAGUCAAUACUCAGAUUUUCCUUUCCACUGUAAACUAAUAUAGCUAUUCUACUACAAUUUCUUUUCUGCAUGAAUUUUGUUUGUAUAAGUAGUUUUGUUAGAUUGGGGGUGGGGAAGACUGAGGAGGGAAGGACAUGAUAGAGGUUUAUAAGAUUAUUUGUACCAUGGCACAGAGAGGGUAAACAAAAGAGAAAUUUUACUUCUCAGCAUACAGAAGCUUGUAGAAAUCUAAUGACAGUGAUAGGCAGAAGGUGUAAAGGCAAACAAGAGGACUUUUUUUAAAAAAUGUUUUUUAUUAAAGAUUUUCUGGGCUUACAAAAAUACAUACAUCAUCUCUAUUUUCAGAUCAUAAAGUUCUUUCUACAGAUCAGUUAUAUUUGAUGUGAAACUUUGAUGUAUACAGUAUAUAGUUGGGGGAGAAGAGAGUUGGGGGGAAAGCGGGGCGGGGAGAGAGAAGGGGCUAGUAAACUUUCAUUUUUUCAGUCACGUGGGUAGGUUUUCUUUCCAUUCAUUUAUUAUUUUCAUUGAUUCGCCAGAGAUAACAUACUGGAUGGUGUGAAGAAUGACAUUUCCCUUGGAGUAACUCAGUGAAAAAUACCCAGGCCAUGUGCUAAUGGCAAGAGUGCCAAGGCUUUGUAUAUUUGCUACCAAAACAAAUCCAAAUUUUGGAACUAGGAAACAGAUGGCAGAUAUUUUGCAAUAAUAUAUGCUAGCCAGAGAAUACAGGCCAUGGAAAGAAAAUAAGGAGUACACUGAAGGAUUCUGGGGCUUCUGAGUCCACCCUAGAUGUUGGCCCUGACUCCAGUAUGCGCAUGGAGCUGGUUUGUGUAGCAAAUUGGAUCAUUACUGAUUUUGUGGAGCUGCCUGUACUCAUUGAAACCGCUGUAUGCACAUUGGAGCUUCUGGAGUGAUGCAGCUUCCCAGAGUUUGAAAAUGAAUCUUGAAUGUUUGGCGUAUGAGGCAGAUAUGUGUAUGCCCCCCUGAGCAGAAUCCUUCAAUUGCUGGUCAUCUUAAAAAGUCCACUUUUCUGAAUCCCUCUGCCGUUGGCCUUUUUCAUCAUGUUAUCUGAUAUGACCUUUGCAUGCCUAUUCUGAGAUAGCACAGAAUUUGAUCAUCUGGCUGGAGCAGGAUAUUAAAAUGUAUUUGUUGACAUUUGGAAGUGGUGGUAUUCUUUUAUUUCUCAUUGCAAAGCGCUAGGGAAUCAUGUGUCCAUUUAUCAAGAAUGCUAUUUCCUAGGACUGAUGUGAGGGAAUGAAAAGAGGCAGGCAGGGCAAUGGGAAGCACCAAAUUGAUUGAAGUGAUUCCAUCAUGUAAAUGAUGUUUCAUAAUAAGGAUUAUUCUCCUACAUCACUUCGGUCUGUGUCUGGUGUUAAACCCUUAGACACACACCAUAAAUUUUACAUUUUCUAAAGCAGUACACGUCUGCUUUUUUCUAAACAGGUUAGAUGAUUGCUAGUGUGUUUAAGGACUUGAUUUUUUAAAAUUAUUGAAUGAUUUGCCCCUCCCCCCAGUUUGCUUUUAAAAUGUCAGGGUGCAUACUGCAGUCUAAUUAUUGUAGUUUUCCGUUAGCUAAGGCACCUGUUUUAAGAACAGCUGAGAUUCUCAUGCUUUUGUCCUUGGGUUCUCACUAGAGUUACAGAAACAUGUCAUUUUGUUUAUUUGCUUUCUUUCUUUCCAUAGGGCUUGAGCCAUGCCACCCUUCUUUGUUGCUGGGACUAAUUCUGCCCAAGAGAACAUGUACAGGCAGUUUGGAAACAAUAUCUAAUCCUUUACCAAAAGCCAGGAGAAAGAAUAUCACUUUAAAGGACAGCGCUGGAGCGGAUAGCUUUUCUCUUCCACAAGUGGACACUUGCCAGACAUGGCCACCACAACAAUUGUCCAUAGAUAGCCUUCUCUGUGGAAAUGAGGGGCCCCUGCUAGUCCUUCCAAGACAAGAGCCUUUAGCAGCUGAUGCUGUCUUUGUUCACCCUGAAGAGCUUGGUGGAGAGACAUUUCAUAGAGAUCCUUCCUCUUUGCGGCAUGAAGAGGCAGGAAAUGAAGCCAACCACUUUCCUGUAGGUGAUACUCUCCAGUCACUAAGUAGUUCUUCUUGGGCAGUGGAACAGUGGAGCAACUUGAGUCUGGGAAUCUUGGGAGCACAGCCACAUCAGGACAGGGAUCAUGUGCAGCUCUGUGGUGAUUCUGAUCAAUCACAUAUCUGGAAGACUAUUGAGCUUCUUUUGUCUUCUGAGCCUGUGUGCCCAGAUCAACAUGAAGCAGAUGGAGCAAACAUAAUAGAUUCCUCAUUCUUACAGAGCAUCCUUUGUGCUGAUGCUUUGCCACCUUGUGAAGUGUCACAGGUUCUAUCUUCGCCCCAGAUUCCUUGCAUUGCAUAUGUUGCUGGAGAACCCAACUCAUUGUUGCAGGAAACUUUAUCCCUCAUCCAGCAGGUUGAGUCCCAUCUUCAGACCCAGGGGCCUAAUACACAGAUGCCCUAA